AUGCAGGAGUUUUAUCGUAAGGACGUUGAGCGGUGUUUUGGUAUUCUUCAAGCUCGAUGGGUCAUACUCUGUCACGGUGCUAACUUGUUCAAACUAGAAGACCUUCGUACUAUCAUGGUAAGUUGCAUCAUUCUUCAUAACAUGAUUGUGGAAGAUGUGUUUGUCGAAGAAGAAUUUGAGGAGACUUGUGAAGAUGAUAACUUGUAUCCAUUAUUGGCUAGCGUUUAUGAACGACCGGUGAAUCGUGAAGGUAAUGUUAUCUGCCAUGAACCUAUUUUGAGGGCUGGAGAAACCCUACCAGCAUUCUUAGAUGCUAACUUCCAAUUACGUUAUGCUUACUUCUACAAGACAUUGCAAGAUGAUUUGGUGAUUCAUCUUAGCAAAUGA